CCAUAGACAUGUUUGAGUUGAAAUAAAAAUACUGGGUUGUUAUGAAGUCGUCAUCAGCUUUUUAAUUUCAGAACCAGCAUGCUAAGGUAGACCCGCCGCUCCUCUCUUCACACGCCUCGCAGCGCAGGGCGGGUACCGGGCAGUGUGUGGAAGUGAAGGGGCGCAUGGACGGGCUGUUCCCGUGGGGAGCGCGGUGUGAUCUCAUUGUAUUGCGGUGUCUCCCUCUUUCUAUAUGCAGUCCGGAGAGUAUGCAGCGAUCAACCAGGCUUAAGCGGGAGCUGCAUCUUCUCAGCACCGAGCCAGCUCCGGGGGUCUCCUGCUGGCAGAACGACGGCCGAGUCGACGACCUCCGGGCACAGAUAGUGGGAGGGGUGAGCACUCCCUAUGAAGGAGGCCUCUUCACACUGGAGAUCGUGCUCCCAGAGAGGUAUCCCUUUGAGCCCCCCAAAAUGCGCUUCCUCACCCCCAUCUACCACCCCAACAUCGACUCUGCCGGCAGAAUCUGUCUGGACGCUCUGAAGCUCCCCCCAAAGGGAGCGUGGAGGCCCUCUCUCAACAUCUCCACUGUUCUGACCUCAAUCCAGCUGCUGAUGGCAGAGCCUAAUCCAGACGACCCCCUGAUGGCAGAUAUUUCCUCUGAAUACAAAUACAACAAGCCGGUCUACCUGGAGAAGGCGAGGCAGUGGACCGAAAAGCAUGCGAUCCAGAGGAAGCAGGACUUGAGUGAGCUUGACAAGGGCCCCCGUGAAGAUGAGCUGUCCAAGGGCCUGGUGGGGCCCCGGAAGAGAGGGGCUCUCGAUACGGGGGAGGAGGAGGAGGUGAAGAAGACAUGCGUCUGAACAGGAGGAUGAUCCUCUGUAUAUUAACCUCUCAUCUCUUCAGGCGCUCUGCUGCAUUGCUGUUUCUUUGUGUUACAAUGUUUGUGUGUUUGUUAAAUUUGCUUUACCACAGUUAUGUUUGGAAGAAUAAAACUAUUAGUUUGAGUUUUGUAAAA